AUGCAAAAUUUAAGUUUGCCGUCCCUCGAUUCGGCCGCCUCCGGGGCUCCUGACUCGGCCAGUCUGUCGGUGGGCAAAGCGUCAGUUGGCCGUCAGUCCGUCUCGAACAACGGACCCUUGCGCCGAGGCGGUUCCAGCGGUCUUCGGCUACCGCCACUCGCGAAACCACUGCUCACUUGUUCGUCGGCCAAUUGUUCCACACGCUCUUGCCAAACUUGCCUCAGUUCGCCUCUUCCCGCCGCCUUCGGCUCGACAUCGUCAACGCUGAAACAGCACAUUCUGUUGAUACGACGUCCCACCCCAGAAGCCGUCCCCGUUGGCCGAAUUCACACCGGCCAACCACCAGCCAGCGUCGGCUUCCUCCAUCCUUCCGGUGUCAUGGCGACUGUGGAGCCGACCAGUGAUGGCAUCACGACCGAUCGGCAUCACUUGUCGCAACCAUCGAUUGGCUCACCCAACUCGGCCGAUUCUCGAGUUGGUCGUCUCGAGGCGGCAACUCGAGGCAUGGAUACAGUUGUCGGGGCGACCUGUCGUGAGGACGAAUUUGAAUGCAUUCCUCCACCGCCAGGCUUCGAGACGACACUUGCUCAAAAUGGGCACAAGUCAAAGGUCAAGUUGCCUCAUCUAUCGAGUCUUUCGAUGGCCACUCUCUUGUCACUGAGCCUCAUCAGUGCCAAGACGCCUCAGCAUCGCCUUUGUGCCUUUCGCGACAGAAACACCUUGUUUCCAUCUUUAUUCUCAUUUUUUUUGUUUCCCCCUCUUCGAGCCGACUCCCUUUUUCACUGUCUCCAUGGCUUCCUCGCUGUUCUGCCCUCCUUCAUGCGCCAUAUUCUUCCCAUUCUGUCGCCGACGGCUCGAGGCUCACAACACUCGCACGAUCGCUGGUGA